AUGAAAGGUGCAAAGUUUUGUUAAACACGGAAAGCGUCGCUGUUCACCAGUGAAAAGCAUUAGUUUGUGAUGUAAUAGUCUCCAUGGCAGCUGCGUCACAGGGACGAGGGGAGCAUUGUGAUAUGGACAGCUCUAUGGUGCUGAAACUACCACGUUUGAACGGAUCAUUUGAAACACAACCUGGCACUUAUUAGAAACAGUCGUUGUGUUGUCUGAUUCAAUAUUUUCACUGUUCAAUUGUAUGUUUUGGAAUUGCUUCACACUGGGAGUAAAGCAAACUAUUUAUAACAAUGGAUUCGCGUAUUAAUGGACAGUCCUGGAGAAGGUACGUCUCGGCCUUUAUUCUUCUCUCUGCAGCCAUGAAUACGGCGUCUGCUGUUACUCACUAUUCUAUUCCCGAGGAAAUGGAGGAAGGAUCCGUUGUUGCUAAUUUAGCUGCUGAUUUGGGACUAGAUAUGAAAACCUUGAGCAAACGCAAGAUGCGGUUAGAUGUCAUCGCCGGUAAGAAAUAUCUUGACGUGAACAAAGAGACGGGGGAGCUGUAUAUUGUUGAAAAUAUGGACAGGGAAUACCUCUGUAGUUCUAAAACAGCUACAACUUGUUUUCUAAAAAUGGAGGUAAUCAUUGAAAAUCCAGUUCGGAUAUUUAACAUAGAAUUGGAAAUCGUUGAUAUAAAUGACAACGCGCCACGUUUUCGUAGAGAUAUCAUAAACCUAGAUAUUUCUGAAUCGACCCCAGCCGGGGAGCGUUUUUCUCUAAGCAAUGCAAUUGACCCCGAUGUGGGCACGAAUUCUGUAAAAACGUACCACAUCAGUGAAAGUGAUCAUUUUGAUAUUGAAAUUCAGACCGGAAGGGAUGGAUCGAAGUUUGCCGAUUUGAUACUGAAAAAGGCUUUAAACCGAGAGGAGCACGCCGUUCAUAACCUAAUACUCACCGCUGUAGAUGGUGGAGUCCCCGCGCGCUCUGGUACAGCCAACAUAAUUGUUCGUGUCCUGGACACAAAUGAUAAUGCCCCUCAGUUUGACAAAGAUUCAUAUAAUAUAAAUAUAAUGGAAAACUCUCCAAUCGGAAGCCUUGUGGUUAAAUUGAAUGCAACAGACUUAGAUGAGGGAACCAAUUCGGUAAUAGUAUAUUCAUAUAGUUUGUAUACAUCAGAGAAAACACAUGAAACGUUCAGUUUAAACCCUAAUAACGGAGAAAUAACGGUGAAAGAAAUGAUCAAUUAUGAAGACUUCAGGAUAUAUGAUAUGGAAGUCAUAGCAACUGAUAAGGGGACCAACUCGUUGUCAGGUCAGUGUAAAAUAACUAUUCUAGUGACGGAUAUGAAUGACAAUCAUCCUGAAAUAUCAAUCAAAUCAUAUCAAAGUCCCAUAAAGGAGGAUAUAGCCGUAGACACGGUGAUAGCAGUUGUCAGUGUCAGCGAUAAAGAUUCAGGGGAAAAUGGUAUUGUCGAUAUCCAUAUUGCGGAUGAAUUACCUUUUUCACUAAGAGAGAAUUCCGAUAACUAUUAUGAGUUAGUAGUAUCAGAACCUCUCGACCGUGAGAAGGUCCCAGAAUAUGACAUAACUUUUACCGUAACAGACAGGGGUUCCCCUCCGCUAUCUGACAAUGAAACGAUGACUUUAGAACUACUAGACGUUAACGACAACGUUCCACAGUUCCCCCAGUCGUUCUACACUAUGCCCGUUAUGGAGAAUAACGCGCCUGGGGCCUUGCUAAGUUCCCUCACUGCGUUUGAUCCAGACCUCCAUGAAAACCAGUAUCUAGUUUAUUUCAUCAUAGAGAAGGAGAUAGUGAACACCUCCAUUUCCAUGCUGUUUUCCAUCAAUCCGGAGAACGGUAAUCUUUACGCACUAAAGACGUUUGACUAUGAGAUAGAGAAAGAGUUCCUUUUCCACAUUGAGGCCAGAGACUCUGGUGUUCCUCCGCUCAGCAGUAAUGUGACUGUCCACAUCAUCAUUGUUGAUCAGAACGACAACACCCCGGUCAUAGUCUCUCCGUGGCGCGUGCACGGCUCCGUGGUGGAGGAAAAGAUUCCCAGAUCCACCGAUAAAGGAUCCCUGGUCUCCAAGGUGAUAGCCAUAGACACGGACUCGGUCCAGAACUCUCGGAUUACAUACCAGUUUCUACAGGUUACUGACGCCACCUUGUUCAGUCUGGACCAAUACAAUGGAGAUAUCCGGACCAUGAGAAUGUUCAGUUACAGAGAUCCGCGUCAUCAACGGCUGGUUGUCAUCGCCAAGGACAACGGAGAACCUGCUCUGUCUGCUACAGUUACCAUCAAGCUGUCAACAGUGGAGACUGCCGUUAAAGCCUACUCUGACAUGACUGAAGUGCCUCUAGAAUAUGACAUAUUUUCAGACUUAAACCUGUAUUUGGUGAUCGGCUUGGGCUCGGUGUCCUUUCUGUUAUUGAUCACCAUAUUGGUCACCUGUGUGCUGAAGUGUCAGAAACCGAUGCCCAGCAAAGCGGCUCCUCCUAGUAGGAACAGCGUGAUCAGUGAUAGGAACUCAACCAUCGCAGAUUCCACUCUGGUCUCCAACGAUGCCUACUGGUACAGUAUGUUUCUAGCAGAGACCAGGAAAGGAAAGCUGGUAGUCAGACAGCCUGUGCCAAAGGCGGGCUCCAGAUACAUUGUGUCCAGUUUACCCAGGAGCACUGGCCUGACAGAGACCAGCGAAUCAGCAGCCUCUACUCUGCAGGGGUCCACCACCACCGGCAGUGGCAGCAGUUCCUCAUAAGGCCCCAUCCCCAUUGGUCCACCAGAUUUACAUCAGAAGGAACCCCGCGUCCACUGAUGAAAGGAACCCCCGUCCUUACCCUACUCAGCCCCCUCCCCUAAGCGACCAGGCCCAUAGUGACACUUCACCUACACCCCCUUUGCCAAACAAUGACUGUCAUCCCAAGGACCUAAAGGACACUCUGAUGGUCCCCUGCCCCCCUAUCCCCCAGCCAUGAUCUCUAUAUAAGCACACACUAGCCCCAAUCAACUUCAACGUCCAUUCAACACACAUGGUUCUGCAUGGCUGUGGCCCAUCACUGAGGGCCCCACACGUUUCAACUAACCACAGUGAAGAGAACAUACACUAGAGAGACAGAAUGCAGGAGGGUACUACAGUACAUACUGCAGGAGUUCAAACAGCCACUAUGAAUAUACAGAGACAGACAUAGGAAUGAGGAAUUGCCUUCAAAGACUGUACCCCCUUUCCAAAAGGAAAGACCUUGGAUGUUAGGUUUUUACUUAAGUAUUUGUCCUUGUUCGGUCAGAGCACACGUGUGUAAAUGUAGAAUCAAACAAACCAGUAUAUCCUAAAAAGGAAUUUAGAAUACUUUCAUCAAUCCAUUUAUCAAACAGCAAAGAGUGAGCCCUUCUUUAUCAAUACUGUAUAUGUACGUAUAUCAGCCCUUUCCGUCAUGUGCAUGGAGAUUUCAAUGUAACUGCUUUGUUAGGAAAUGUGUUAGAUGUGGUCCGGGAUAUUUGAAGUGACUCACAGUGUCUACCAAGGUGUCACUCUACCAUCACUGUUUAUUCCGUUUUUUUUAUUUUUCACUUUUCAUAACAAGAGUGUCAUUACAAAGAAUACUGUUAGCCACUAUGAUGAAGUCACAAUUAUGACACCUCUCUGAUGAAGUCACAAUUAUGACACCUCUCUGAUGAAGUCACAAUUAUGACACCUCUCUGAUGAAGUCACAAUUAUGACACCUCUCUGAUGACGGUGCAAUGACAAAGACACCCUUCUGACAUCAAAGACUGCUGGUCUGGAGGAGGGGUCAGAGGUCAUCGGCCUAUGCUCUCUCCCUGCACAGCUCCUCUCACCCUCCUCCUCCACUCCAGAGCAGAGCAAACUGCACAUAGUUCCCUCCUAAAAACAUCCAUGGUCUACCCCUAUGUGAGGAUGGAGGAUGUCUGGGCUUUGCCAGUGAGGGGAAGUAUUGGAAGUAUCUGGUAUCAUUUUGAAUUAGGCCCUAUGGCAAAUACAGUUUCAUCCAAAUAUAAUAAGAACAUUUUUUAAUAUUGUUUCACUGCCUUAUACGUUCGCUUUAAACCUUUAUCAGUGAAUAAGUUCAUUUUAAUCACUGAAAUGAAUGACUGUGUUAUGUUAUGUGUAAUGCUGGAUGUAUUUGAUGCCAAUGCUUUAGUAUUGAAGUAAACAAAGAAAACAAUACACUGGCCAAAUGAAUCUGUUUUUAAAGUUGACAUUUCUUUAUUUUUAACUAUGUACAAAAUGUGACUGCUAAACAAAAUGAAACUCCAAUAUGUAUUUAAAAUAUUACUACAGUAACUACUAUUCCUGCUUUUAGUUCUGAUCAAGGCAAGUAUAUAUGUGCUUUGUGUAGCCUGUAGUAUCUAUUGAUGGUGCAAUAUGUAGUCAGUCUUUAUGUAUUGUACUGCAUGCCAUGUUGAUCUGAUGUAUAAGACUAUUACAUUCAUGAUGAAUUA